GAAAAAAGGAAUGUGGAUAGACUUCCAUUGAACUUAAGGUCUCCUUUCAUGAUUGAAAAUGAAAGCAAAUUCAAGAAUGUUGAAGAAGGGUAUAGGAGGGUGGCAGAGUAUGCAUUUGCUGAAGGAGAUAUAACGGAGAUCUUGUAUUAUGACACCGUCACCACAAUCACUAGAGAAGAUAUACAUACUCUGGCAGCUAAGGAACAUCUCGUGAACAACAUUAUUGAUGCUUAUUCAUAUGUCCUAAACAUGGAAAACAAAAGGAGGGGUGUAGGGAAAACAAACAGAUUCUUUUUCUCCACACAAAUUUACCUUACACUAUGCACAAAGACGUAUUUCAAUGCAAAGGAUACACAAGAAGAGAGAAUGGAAUUUCUGUUUAGAAGGAUGGAAACAGAGAUGAAUCAUGCAGGAGUGGACAGCUUCAAAAAUAUACAACUGUUAUGGGGGUUUGCAAAAAAUUUCUGCCAUAUCGACAAGAUUCAAAGCACAGAGUAUGUGGAAUCAUUUAAAACUCGGACAAUUAAAAUGCCAUGGAGAAGCUUAAGCAACAAGAAUGAUUGUGGAGUGUUUUUGAUGAGGCACAUGCAGACAUAUGAGGCAGAAGAUGCAGAAAAAUGGGAAUGUGGACUUGAGAAAGACAAUAUUGAAAUACUACAAAAACUGAGGGUAGAAUAUUGUGGGAAAAUAUUAUCAUCAAAGCUGAAUGACGAGCAUCAUGCAAUUUCAAUGAAGUCGAGGAAAUGGAAGAAAGAGAUGAGAAUAGAUUAGAUUAAAUAUGAUUAGACUAGAACUUUAUUAUAUAAUACUUUGAUUUGAAGGUAGUUUGAAUUACAAUUUCUGUGUGUUCCUUUUUUAAUUUGAACCAAGGUUAUGUAGUCUAGAUAAUAUUUGAAAAAUAUUGUGUGUGUUGAUUUUCACAUGUUGUUUC